AUGCAGGGCUUUAUAAAGAGAAGAAGUGUCAUCAAGCUUCAACCAAUUAUUAUGGGUUCAGCUCAGAUAUUCUUCUUAUUUUCAUUUCUACCGUUGCUAUUCCCCACUCUUCCAUCACUAGAGGCAACCCCCCUAGAUAACACAAGACUAUUCAGAGAAUACAUAGGAGCUGAUGGCAAUAAUGUAAGAUUUUCAGACGUACCUAUUCAUCCCGAUGUCGAGUUCCACUUCAUCCUCUCCUUCGCCAUCGAUUACACGGCUUCAUCUUCUCCUUCUGCAACAAAUGGCAAAUUCAGAGUCUUUUGGGAUGAACAAAUCCUAUCGCCUUCUUCUGUUUCUUCCAUCAAGGCCCAGCAUUCAAACGUCAAGUUCGCCCUCAGCCUCGGGGGCGAUACGGCAGGCAAACAAUUUGCAUACUUCAAACCUAAAUCCAUUACAUCUUGGGUUAAAAAUGCUUUCGAGUCCAUAUCUCGUAUAGUGAAGGAGUAUGAUAUAGAUGGGGUCGAUAUCGAUUACGAACACUUCAAAGCACACCCCGAUGUAUUCACCGAGUGCAUAGGGAAACUCCUGCUCCGUCUCAAACGUCAAAAUGUUAUUUCAUUUGCAUCCAUUGCACCGUUCGACGACGACGCUGUCCAAACACAUUACUUAGCUUUGUGGAGGAAGUAUGGAGAUCUAAUAGACUAUGUGAACUUCCAGUUCUAUGCCUAUGGAAAAGGGACCACAGUUUCUCAGUUUUUGAAUCAUUUUGAGACCCAAACCUCAAAUUAUCAAGGUGGUAAAGUUCUAGCAAGCUUUGCAACAGAUGGAAGUGGAGGUUUGACACCAGAAAAAGGGUUCUUCAAGGCAUGCAGAACCCUUCAAAGUAGGGGCAAACUUCAUGGCAUAUUUGUUUGGUCAGCAGAUGACUCAAAGAAGAACAAAUUUCACAAUGAGAUACAAGCACAAAACCUUUUGGCCAAUGCAGACUGA